UCUUUGGUCCCUUUCUCUUUCUUCUCUCUUCAUCUUUCAACCUAAACACAAAAAAACAUAAAAAGAGGAGAGAGAAAGAGAGAGAGAGAAAGAAACGGUCACCGGCCGCCCCCGCCACACGAAACCUUCAUCCCAUUUCCUGUCAUUAUUCAAAGUCAAUUCUUUCAUCAACCUGCUCAACCGCUCUUUGCAAAAGGUUAAUAUUUUCAUUAUUGGAUUGGAUUGAAUUGGUGAUUCUGUUAUGGCUUCAACCAGCGUUGGAUCCAAUGAUCUUACUACUAAUAGGAGACAAACAAAACGACCCAAGUACUCAAAGUUUACGCAACAAGAACUACCAGCAUGCAAGCCUAUUCUUACACCACAAGCGGUUAUUUCAGCGUUCUUGAUUGUCACCAUCGUAUUCAUUCCUAUUGGAGUUGCUUCACUUAUUGCUUCACGAGAUGUUGUUGAAAUUGUUGAUAGGUAUGAGGCAGCAUGCGUACCGUCAAAUUGGACAGAUAACGUAGCAUACAUUCAGAGUACUGCCGAUAAAACUUGCACAAGGACACUGCAUGUGGAGAAGCGUAUGAAGUCUCCUAUCUAUGUUUACUAUCAGCUUGACAACUUCUACCAGAAUCACCGACGGUAUGUGAAAAGCCGAAAUGAUGAGCAAUUGAGGGAUGCUGGAAAAGCAAACUCAACAAGUGGUUGUGACCCUGAACGUGAUGUAAAUGGUGUGCCAAUCGUACCUUGUGGUCUUAUAGCUUGGAGCAUGUUCAAUGAUACAUACAGCUUCUCACGCAACAACAAUAAUGUCACAGUGAACAAGAAAGAAAUCUCAUGGAAAAGUGAUAGAGAUCACAAAUUUGGAAGUGAUGUUUUCCCUAAAAAUUUCCAGAAUGGUAAUAUUACAGGUGGUGCUCAUCUCAACGAGAGUAUACCGUUGAGUGAGCAGGAGGAUCUUAUUGUUUGGAUGCGGACUGCGGCUUUGCCAACUUUUAGGAAGUUGUAUGGAAAGAUUGAGGUGGAUCUGGAGAAAGGUGAUGAGAUAAAAGUGGUAUUGCAGAAUAACUACAACACAUAUAGUUUCAGUGGCAAGAAGAAGCUUGUAUUGUCAACUACUAGUUGGCUUGGAGGAAAGAAUGACUUCCUUGGCAUUGCUUAUCUCUCUGUUGGAGGAUUGAGCUUCUUCUUGGCCAUGGCUUUUACUAUUGUAUAUUUUGUUAAGCCAAGGCAACUUGGAGAUCCUUCAUAUUUGUCAUGGAAUAGGAACCCAUCAGGGCACUGAGCUGAGAAACUAGUUGUGCAUGAUCUUCCAGGAUUUCCCUCAGGAAACCUUGUGUAUUAUUAUUUUUCAGACUUAUACAGUAGUGGAUGUUAUUUUGUACAUCAAUGUUAUUAAUACAUGUUUCAUAGCAAUAAUUUUCAUACAUUAGGACUUUUUAUGUAUUCCUCCAAAAAGAAUUCUUCUUUUUUGUCUUGUGCAUAAGAAUUGAGAUAUUUUGUAAUAUAGUGUGCUAUUUCGUACAACUCAAGAAACACAUCAUUGUUUGGUACAA